AGAAGGUGUGUCCAAAAUGUUUGACUGGUAGGGUACAUAAGCCGUACUAAAAAUGUGCUGCUCUGUGUUUUUUCUUCACUGGUAGUGCUUCCUCGCUUCAGAUUUUCUGUGUGUGUGUUGGUUGUAGAGGGUACGUUUUGAUCCAAAGUUGAGCAGCAGCAGAAAAAAGAGAAAGCUCAAAAGACUCAGAAACCUUUAGAACACGCCAAAAAGCAGCUCAGGUCCUGUACCAUGGGUGGUACCAAAACAAAAAACGAAAAACCAGCUGAAGGCAUCCAACAAGUGCAAGCAACAAAAGUCAGAUCUACUGACCAACAACAUCAAAGAAAGAAGAAAGAUGUGCAGCAACAGAAAAGAGAUGAGGGAGAUAAAACUAAGUCGCCCAUGAUGGAUUCUGGACAAGCAGCACAGAAAAAACUGUCUGAAGACAAACAACUGGUGCAAACCAACAACAGACCUGCAGAAAAUCCUGAAUUACAACAUCAAACAAAGACAAAAGUAAUAAAGCCCACAUCUGUACCUGAAGUUUUGCAGCAGACAGAAGAUUGGAGCGAGAAAACUGACAAACCUUCAGAAGACACAAAAGAUAACCAAGAACAAACAGAACAGCAGGCUGAUUCUUCCACCAAGUAUCAAGACUCCACCAAAGAGAAAAAACUGUCUGAAGACAGACAGAUGGGACAAGAGAACAAGAGAUCUGCUGAAAACCCUGAGUUGCAAAAUCUAACAGACACUAAAGGACAGCAUACUUACACCACAGUGAACCUUGUUCUUCUGGGAUUGGCUGGGACUGGAAAGAGUGCCAGUGGAAACACCAUCCUUGGAGAGAAGCACUUUGUUUCUAAACCCAGUUCAAAUCCAGUCACCACAGAGUGUCAGGUGGCAGAAACUGACAUAAAUAGUGUACAUGUGCGUGUGAUUGAUACUCCAGACAUGUUUGAUGAUGACACUGAACCAUCAGUUCGGGACAAACAUGUAAAAAGGUGCAAAGAGCUCUGUGAGUCAGAACUCUGUGUCUAUGUACUUGUGAUGCAUGUGAGCAGAUUUACAGAUGGUGAGAGAGACAUACUGGAAAAGUUAGAAAACACUUUUGGGACCAAAGUGAAAGAACAAACUGUCAUCCUGUUCACCCGUGGAGACGACCUGGAGGAGGCAGAAAUGACCCUGGAGGGUUUUCUUCAUUCCUGUCAACCUGGUCUGAAAGAAAUCAUUGAAAAGUGCGACAACAGGUGUGUUGUUUUUGAGAACCGCAGCUCAAGUUCAGACCAGGUGGAAAAGCUAAUGAACACAGUGAGCGUGGUGUUAAAGAAAACAGCAAAGAUACAAUAAAAAGGUCUUAGUUGUGAUUUUUAAGCGAAUAAAUAUAUAUUAAACCUUUUUGGGUCAGGAUGGCAAUAAUCAAAAGUAACAAAUGUCCCACCUGUGGGACUAAUAAAGGUCAUUUUAUCUUAUCAUAUCUUAUAUAUGUAUAUGUGUGUGUCAAAGUUCAAACCAAAAGCUAAUCAACAGACUGUGCAUGAUGUUAAAAUAAACAGCAUAGAAGGAAUGAAAACAAAAUUGUACACAAACCAAACCAAGUGAUUCUUUGGUCUUUUUUACAUCAACCACAUUUUCUCUCAAACACUCUUAUUUAGCAAUUUUGUUCGUUCUUAAAAAAACAUUAAACAAUUUAAAAUUUGCUCAGAAAUUGGUGUAUGUACUUCAAUCAUUAGUAAACAUGUCAAAUAUUAAAAGUGAAUGAUAAUCAUAAUGCAUGUGUGACAGGGGAUUUCUAGGAAUCUCCCAAACAGCUCUUCUGCUGAGACAACUGAGUUAGAAAACACAAACACUGCAGUUGAUUUACUUGCAAGGGCAGCCACAUAGCGCUCGUACUCGCAGAGAGACGCUCACGGAUUCGUGCUCUGUCACUGUCUGCGUUCUUUAUUUAUACAAGCUGGUUACACGUGUGUACAAAGAUAACAAAGUUAUUCCAAGAACUCAGAGCUAAGGUUCCCCUUUUCUACAUCAGUAUGUUCUCAGAACACAGGAAGCUGUUAGUUGCUAAAAUAAGUUUAUCACACAAAAGUUGUUAUAUGAAAAGUCACGUAGACAUGUGGUUUGCCUAGUGAUCGUAAAAAGGGCACAUUUCAUGUAGCUGAUCACACUAUGUACAAUUUUCUUUUAACAAUGUGUAAUGUGGUUUAUUGCAUGUGAUUUCCAAAUGCUCUGAGUCUGUAAAUGCAGGCUCAGAUGAAGUUAUGCUGUGCUGUAACUAGUCAUGUACCACCAUCUACUGAACACUUGAUGUUCAAGUACCUUUCCUACUUAAUUCCUACAUUCCGACUUAAAGUUGGUGGUUAUUGUAACUGAAUUCAUUUUUAGCACAUUAUUUAAUACUUCAAACUAGGGCUGAACGAUUAUGGAAAAUAAUCUAAUUGCGAUUUUUGCCCCAAUAUUGCGAUUGCGAUGCGA